GUGUGAUGUAAUAUUGAUGGAAGGUAUACGCAUAAUUAAUUAAGCAGAUAGUAAUGGAGAGAGGAAACGUUUGGAGAAGUGGUCGAGCGGAGAUAGAGACAAAAGCAGCGUUUGGGUCGGUGAAAGAAGCGGUGGCCAUGUUCGGAGAGAAAGUUUUAGCCGGAGAGAUCUAUGCAACUAGGCUUAGAGAGAUACGGACAAAGGAAACAAAUUCAACUCCGAGUUCUCUAUCAAGACUACCAUCUCUAACACUCGAGCUUGAGCAGACAAAACAAACACUGACAAGAACACUACAACUAAACACCAGCCUCUCCAACAGAAUCAAAACUCUAACACAAGAACUCGAACUUGGUAAGAAGGAGAUACAACGGCUCAGCAGGACGAGGUCGAGUCGCCUAGACAAUCCGGAGAUUGAGGAACUCAAGUUCGUGGAACAGCAUCAAACGAUGACGUCUAAUGAUUUUGAAGAAGAGGUUGUGACGACGGAGGAGUUGGAAAAGAGGAGACUAGUGACAUUCGCGAGCUCGCCUUUGCUGACACGUGUGAUGUCAAGUGUCGGGGACGAAGAGGAGAGAAACAAGAAAGAGAAGGAUUUUGAGAGAGAUUGUUCGGUCAAGAAGACAAAAUUAAAGAAGGGUUUUGCUCCGUUCAUGGGAUGGUUUAGAGCAACCCGUGGAUGAGAUUGAUCUAUAUAUCUCCAAUAAUGCGGUCAUAUUGAUUAUUAUGAUUUUAGAUCGUUAUAUAAUAUAGUUAAUGUGCAUGAUGCUAUAUAUCAAUCUCGUUCUAAGAGUUUGAUGAAUAAUACUUACGUUAAAAAUGAGUCU